GCAGGACGGAGUCACGAAAACAGCUAGUCAUUAUCAAAAUAUCUCUUCGAACCACAUUUCCUCUGCCGAGCCAUUGACUGCUAAGGGACAUGGCAUCUAAUCUCUGUAAAAGUUUAAAACUCUUUAGGUAGUCAUAGGUUGGGGGAUUACUUUUGUCACCGGAAAGUUUUUUCUUCUUCUUCUUCUUCUUCGUCCACGCUCGCUGUAAACUUUCUGCUUGUUGUGUUUGCUCGGUACCUGUGUGUGCGGAAGGAGUGUUUUUGUCGUCCCCUCUGCUGGAUUUGUUGCGGGAGAGAUGAGUGACAGGAGACGAUCUGCCGCCGCGCUGAGCUCGAGAGCGCACGCCUUCUCGGUGGAAGCCCUGAUCGGGACGAACAAGAAGCGGAAGCUCCGGGGCUGGGAGGAGAAGGAGCUCGAGCUCUCCAUGGAGAGCCUCGCCACGAACGGACAAUUAGGAGACGGUGACGAUCCUGCGCAUUGUCUGGAUAUCGACCCGGAUUCGGAGGCCAGUCCCGGCUCAGACGGCGAGGGUUUGGCCGAGCGGACGUCCUGCUCUUUCGGAUCCCCUGCCGACUUAGCCCCCGCCGGUUGCGACCCUUCGCCCUCUGCGUCCAUGGAGGAGAUCCAGAUGGAGCUGCAGUGCGCUGACCUCUGGAAGCGCUUCCACGAUAUCGGCACGGAAAUGAUCAUCACCAAAGCAGGAAGGAGGAUGUUCCCCGCUAUGAGAGUGAAGAUCGUGGGUCUAGAUCCCCAUCAGCAAUACUAUAUCGCCAUGGACAUCGUGCCUGUGGACAACAAGAGAUACAGGUAUGUGUACCAUAGCUCCAAGUGGAUGGUGGCGGGCAACGCCGACUCCCCUGUGCCCCCCAGGGUCUACAUCCACCCGGACUCGCUGGCCUCUGGAGACACCUGGAUGAGGCAGGUGGUCAGCUUCGACAAGCUCAAGCUCACCAACAACGAACUGGACGACCAGGGACAUAUCAUCCUCCACUCCAUGCACAAGUACCAGCCGCGUGUGCACGUGAUCCGGAAGGACUUCAGCAGUGACCUCUCCCCCACCAAGCCUGUCCCCAGCGGCGACGGAGUCAAGACCUUCAGCUUCCCCGAGACCGUCUUCACCACCGUAACAGCCUACCAGAAUCAACAGAUCACUCGACUGAAGAUCGACCGUAAUCCGUUUGCAAAGGGAUUCCGCGACUCAGGAAGAAACAGAACUGGUUUGGAGGCCAUCAUGGAGACCUAUGCAUUCUGGAGACCGCCCGUGAGGACUCUAACGUUUGAGGACUUCACUAACAUGCAAAAACAGCAAGGGGGCAGCACAGGGACCUCUCCCACCACCUCCAGCACGGGCACCCCGUCCCCGUCGGGCGCGGCCCACCUGCUCUCCCCGUCCUGCUCCCCACCCACCUUCCACCUGGCGCCCAACACCUUCAACGUGGGCUGCCGCGAGAGCCAGCUCUGCAACCUGGGCCUGUCCGAGUACCCGGCGUGCGCCCGCAGCAACAUGGCCGCCCUGCAGGGCUACGGGGGCCUGGCCGGCGACGGCUCCUACGGCCGGCAGCUGACGGCGGGGGGCGGCGUGGCGUCCGGCCAGGCCUCCGACUCCUUCCUGCCCCAGAGGACUUCCUCCCUAAUCGCCGCGGGCAUGCAGGGUGGAGCCGGGGGCGGAGGAGGAGGCGGCGGCGUAGGAGGAGGAGGAGGCGGCGGCGGCGGAUCCAAGAUGGACGCCUACGGAGGCCAGCUGGCGUCGUUCCCGGCCUCGCAGCUGCAGUACGUCAUGCAGGCGGGCGCGGGCUCCGGCUCCGGCUCGUCCUCCUCGCCCGGCUCCUCCCCGUCCUCGGCCCACAUGUUCGCCGCCGCCGGCGGCCACCACCACGUGCAGCAGGGCUCCUACAACGCCUUCUCCCUGCACAACCCCUACAACCUGUACGGAUACAACUUCCCCACCUCGCCGCGCCUGGCCGCCAGCCCCGAGAAGCCGCAGGGCGGCCUGCUCUGCUCCUCGUCCGGCGCCGCCGGGGCCUUCGCCGAGCGCCAGUACCUGCCCGGCGGCGGCAUGGAGGGCAUGCACAUGAUCGGCAAUCCCGCCGGCGGCCAGCAGGGCGGCGCCACCUGCGACGGCCGCCAGUACGGCUCCUCCUCCCAGAUGUCCAUGCACAUGGUGUAAACGGGCACCGAGAGAGAGAGAAAGAGCGUGCGAGAGAGAGAGAGAGAGAGAAGCGACAAAACGGCCUUCUUCCGUCAAACGAGUUGUACGUUUGGGAACGAUUGCCGUCAUACCCCCCCCCCUUUAGCAUCCCCAAUGCCCACCCACCUCAAUCCAAUCUCCACUCCCGACGGGGUACUCCGUAAAAAGCACCCAAUCAGUAUGGACUUUGUCUCUCCUCUAAAGCAGUUAUGUAACUCUUAUGGGUGGGCCAUGGGUACCAGGGGAUUGAAGGACAUUGCUGUGUUUUUUGUGUUUUUUUUUUUUAGGUGGUGAAUUUCCAAAGCCGUGUUUAUUUACUGUUUGUUUGUAUAAAAAAAGGUUAAUAACUGGCCUUUUAAAAAGGGGACAUAUAACAAAAAUCAUCUCAAUUCAUACAUGUAUGUGUUACAUUUUAAUCAGUUGGACAGUGUCAUGGUGGGAGGAAGACCGUAUUUAAAUAGCUCUUAUAUUGAAAUGUUUUCAAAAUGGAUGGAUUAUGUGCAAGCUCUGAUGGACUUUUGCACCCCAUCCCAACACAUCCUUUCUCCUGAACCUAGUAAAAGAGGGUACAAAAUGGCGAAGAUGCCCCUGAUGUCUCCAGGGGUGUUGCUUCUAUCCUUUGGAGGAUGUGCAGAUUGGAACCCUCAUGGAUCUCUUAUGGUGCAAUAGAGACGCUGAAGCAUCGCAGUGGGGUGUUCAGGGAAUAAACACCCUACCCGACAACCACACACACACACACACACACACACGCACGCGCACACACACGCACACACACACACACACACACACACACACACACACACAUGCACACACACACACACACACACACACACACAUACACACACUCUGUCUCUCCUUAGACUCCUGUUAAUCUGACAGAGAUACAGAGGGAGAGAGAGACAGACAGAGACACUCUUGCUCCUGCUGAUCUGACACAGAGAGAGAGAGAGAGACAGACAGACAGACAGAAACAGAAGUAAAGAGAGAAAGAAAAAGAGAGAGACGGAAAAGCACUGUGGGUUUUGGUUUUUUUUCGGUACAUAAACGCUGCCCCCAUCCGAGUGCAAAGCUGACAGUCUUUUGACGGACACAGUAGUGCGUUUGGCUUUUUUGACGAGGGUCACAUGGUACGGACAGAAUAGAGAGCGCGGGAGCAUCGGUCACCUCAAGAGCCCAACCACUGCGGCGACCGAUCACAGACUAGUGGAGUCACAGACGAUAAAGCGGCUUCAACCGUGAAACUGUGUGUGACCCUGGAGUCUGAGCCAACGGGCUGAUUCUCUGUGGAAGAAAGAGAGGAAGAGAGAAUGGCAAAGAAAGAGAGUGAGGGAGAAAGAGAAAAAAAGAAAAGACUAUAUGCCAAUGAUGGCUUUUAGAUUCAGUGGGUACGUAACAGAUUCCCAAGGGAAACCCUGGAAGUGUUGAUGCCCUGUUUUGAGUGGAUGAUCUUUUUAAGCAUAUUAACAGUGAUGAAUGCACGCAAUACAGUAAGCUUUUAAGUUGUUGUGUGAAGAAAAAAAUGUACGGUUUAGUAGGAAAAAACAGAGUUAUUAUGUUUUGGUGUGUUGUAGAUAAAUGUAUUUAAGUGCCAAGCAAUAAUACAAUUAUAUGGCCAGUUUUUGGUGAUGUUACAAAAAAAAUAGUAAGUAAAAAAAUAAUAAUACAUCAUGCAAGAAAAAGAGAACAGAAAAAAAGUAAAACUAUUUUCAGAGGCCUUUAAAGAACUGUAAAUACAAGUGCCAAGC